AUGUCAAUUAGAAUUCGAUACUAUCUAUCACCUGAGGCUAUGCUCUCUGAGUCCGGCGAGGAGCUAUUAAAGUCUGGAAUGUUUUCAGAUGUGAGAGUCGAGUCCAUUAUCUGCCCAAGAUGCCCCUACUUUAAUAAAGCGUUCAAUGGCCACUUCAAGGAUCAAGUCCCCGAUGAUAUAGAUCAUAUUAUUCAUUUUCUAUACACUGGAAAAAUUUCGCCGAAUCUAGUUGAAUCCCGUCAUUGCGACAUUCUUGAACUGGCAUAUUUCUUUCAAAUCUGCAGUUUGGUGAAAGAGAUCAUAUCAAUAAUCGACCUUAAGCUGGAAGGGAUGGUAACGCGUUUUGAAAAUGCGGUAGCACGUUUACAAAAUGUGUUUCAACAACCCAUAGAUCUAAGAAUGGUAUUUAAUGACGAGGAAAUCGGGUAUAUAUUCCGAGCGAUCGAGACUUCAUAUACCUCAGACUUGCCCUCAUAUGCACCUCUUCAAGAUUUAGUCAAAGACUUCAUAGUCAUGACCGGAUAUCGAAUUAUCAAGCACGACCGGUUUCUACUGACCUUGAAAAAUAUUCCGGAUCUCGCUGUGGACGUCGUGAAGCUUCUACAGCAUGCAAUAGUCGUUCGUGAAUUUCCUUCGGAAUGCAGGAAAUCUGGGCGCAAAAUCAGAGGUGAAUCGGUAUACAGUCAGUUGGGGAGAGACACUAAACGUUGUGGUUUAGCCGAACGCACGCUUCGUAGCAUAUGCGGAGACUGCCAAAGUACCUGCCUGUCUAUUCGAAGUGAAUAG